AUGAAGAAUAGUAGCCAUCCCCACCACUUUUGUAUUUUGCCACAACUGCCACCUCCUAAGAAGUCGUCGACUUCCACAAACCCUAGGUGCCUCCACGACCACCAUGCCACCAUCUUCAAGAGUAAUCGUCGUUUUUUCAGGACAUUUGAUGUUUUAUUAGACGACACUAUAUGCAGUGGUUUUGGGGUGUGCAAGUUCGACUUUGUUGGUGGCUUGGAUUUUAGUCGAAACAGAAAAUAUGAAGGUGGUGGAAGAUAUGAGUUAGUUCUGUUGAGUGUGAAGUUGUCAAAGCUAGAUCUAUGAACACAGUUGGGCGUUUGAUUGGGGAAGUAAAAAAAAAAUAGAAAGAGAUUGUUGUGAAGUUGAUGAUCCUUGCAUGUUUACAACCAACCUAUGUUGCAAGUUGAAUGUAGGGCCGGUGGACAACUGGUUAUGUUUGUCUUCUGAGGUUACAUUUAAAUGUACCUUAAUUUAAAACCAAGGUACUUUUUGUCACAUUACACACAUACAUAUACAACAACAUUCACACACACACAUACACACUUAAUGUAUAUGUUUAUGUGUGCGCCUCAAUGUGUGUGAUUUGGUUGCUAUGCAUGUAUGGAAAAAUGACCAUUUUGUCCUUACAAGUGGUAUUUCAAUUAAAUUAAAAAGUUAAAAAUUAACUUUUAUCCGACCCUUCUGUCUAUAUUUGUUUUUUUUUGUUUAAUUUCUAGGCUAUCUCUUCUUCCCUGAUAUCAUGAUUUGACCAGACCUUUUAUUAUUGUUUGUAUAUAUAUGUUGAUUUCAUUUUAACUUUAUGCUAACAAUAAUGUGUAGUUUGGUCCUUUCCAAGAAAAAAAAAGGUUGAGUGUGCCAAGGUGAAGGUAAGAACCUGUUUGAAUUUGCUUGAAUUGUGUCGUUGGAGUCUGUUCAUGUAGGUGGUAGGUUAUGGACUUCCGGAUUAGUAAAAGUCUUUAACAUGGUUUCACUUUGUUGCUCAAUUGUAGCAAGAAGUUUCUCAUUUCUUUUUUAUUUUUUUAAUUCCAACUUAUUGAGAAAAAGGAAGUUGAAGUUCCAAUUACAAAAUAAACAACAAAGAUAGAUACAAAUAAGUAUAUUGUGUUAUACGAAUAAGUAUUGUUGUAAUGGAAUAAUUAAAUGCAAGUGGGAUGUCAUUCUAACCUCAUUUUUAGUUAAC